AUGCCAUCCCUCCUUGAUCUCGAGGACGAAACACUUCGACUGAUCGGUCAAUACACGAACAAGGAUGCGCAUAUUCCCUUACCCUCUUUCGGACCACAUUGGGAGAACUUCAGGUCUGAAAUCAGUCAUAAAGCUGCUCGGGACUUGCUUUCUUUCCGGAGUACUUGUAAGAGAGUGAACGGAGUAUGUAGACUGGAGGGUCUUCAUUUACGUAUUACAAAAUGGCAAAAGAUGUCAAGAUGGAUGUCAAAUGCUCCCAGAGAGGUAGAACAAGCUAUCAGACGUAUUCAUAUAUGUCUGCCAGUUUCGGAUUCCGCUCGAUUCUCGUCCUUUUUCGGUUUGACCACUUUCUUACAUCGCUUUGAUAAUCUGGAAGAACUGAUCAUCCAUGGCUGUUUAUCGUGUUCUCACAUGUAUGGAUAUUCUCAAGAUCCCUCAUCAGCUAACAAGCUUCGUCUCCCCGAAUAUUCCUUUUUAUCAAAUCUCAAAUCCCUAUCUGUCGACGUUAUUUGUCCGUUUUGCUCUCAAGAUAUCCCGAAAUUGUUGGUUCCACCUGCUCCAAGAAUGAAACAUCUCAAGAUCAGUCUCGCAGGCUGUCAAAUAGAAGUUCCUCCAAAUGGAUUGUUUGGUACAGGCUCUCCAAUCUCAAUUACUUCAGAUGCAAUCACAUGCUUUCAAGAGAUACUAGAAGAAUGGUCCAAAAAGAACAAUGGAUCCAGAUUGGAUCUUAGAACCUUACAACUUCGAUAUCCUCCCAGACCUGAAGAUGGGACUGAAGAUGGACUUGGAUGUAUGAUACAGAAGGUAUUCGAGUUCCUACCUAAUUUGGAGGAAUUCGGGAUUACUCGCUUCGAUGGAGAACAAGAAGAUCUUGUCGCAGGCUUUAUAAUUGUAGGAAGGCAAAAGAGUACCUGGCAAUUUCAAAUGAAAGACUUGGAGAUUGAUGGAGAUAGUCCCUCUUCCAUACAUGAGUUGAUUUCAACUUUGCACCCGCCUCCUUCUCUCAAACGAUUUGAUCCAGUCAUUGUCUUCAAGACCCAUUUGACCCAGCCAUAUUAUCGAUCAGUUUCUUCCUUCCAGACUCGUUCUGAUUUCUAUUCGCACCGAAAAAGCUCUAUGAAGUCCCAUCGACAGUCGUCAUUGGUAUACGAGAAUUCUCUCAAAGAAGGAAUGACCGCGGCAGCUAAGGCCUUAUUAGAGAUGAUUCCAUCUCUAGAGAGGGGAUCAUUUUGGGAACAAGGUACCGAAUGGUCAAAGAAAGACUGGAACCUGUGGGAAUGGGAAAACGUGACUGAUGUUACUGGAAUAUCGAGGCCCUUUAUAGCUGAUGUGCCAAUACGUAUGUCAAAAGAUUUCGUAUCCUGUCAAGAUCGAAGAACGAUCAAGAUCGAUGGAAUGGGAAUGGCAUAUAACCAUGUGCCCAUGCAAGUGGAUGCUGAUGGAGAAGAAAUGGAAGAUGAAGGACACGAGGAUGGUGAAGAUCUGGAUGAUGAUGAGGGUUUCGUCGGUCUCACUUUUACCGCAUAG